GUGCACGCUCAUGCGCAUGUAGGUGACAUACCAAUUAGUAUAUUAUAAUAUUCCGGUCUUAAUUAAAUCCAGGCACGAUGAAAAAAGCCGGACUGGUUGGCGUGCUACUGAUACCACAGGCAAAAUGGUUAUCGGGUUGCCAUCCUCACGUCCACCUCGUGAAGGAAGAAGAAAAGUGCAUGAGCGAUCUACAACGAUUCAAAUCGCUCAUCAUACAAGAAACCAAUAUGAGUGUACACUGUAAGGGGAUGUGGGACGAUCUGAAUUGCUGGCCUCCUGCUUCCAUUGGGGAAACUGUCUCUCAAGCAUGUCCAGAGGUGUUCAAUGCAGAGGGAAGAGUGUACCGCAACUGUACAGCCAGUGGUUGGACGGACCUCCUCAUCCCACACCAAGAUGCGUGCGGCUACUCCUUCAACGACACGCUCCUCUUUCUCUCCGAGUCCCACCAUUCCUACUUGUACUUCUCCUACGUGAAGACGAUGUACACCGCCGGAUACGCGCUCUCCCUCAUCUCUCUUGUCGUCGCCAUCACCAUUUUCUGUCUGUUUAGGAAGCUGCACUGUACCAGGAACCACAUUCACAUCCAGCUGUUCGCCUCCUUCAUCCUGAAAGCCGUCUUCAUCUUCCUUCGAGACUCGCUGCUAUUUACAAACGAGGAGCUCUACCACUGUGACUUUUACCCGGUAGCAUGCAAAGUGGCUCUUCUGCUGUCCAACUACUCCAUCCUGGCCAACUACAGCUGGCUGCUGGUGGAGGGUCACUUCCUCUUCACGCUGGUGAGACGCUCCCUCUUCUCCCUGAAGAAGCACCUGGUCUGGUACCUGGUCCUCAGCUGGGGCUCGCCGCUGGUGGUCAUCGUGUCCUGGGCCUGUGCCAAGUACUUCUACGAGGACGAAGGCUGUUGGGAAACAAGGAGACGCGAGUGGAUUUGGUGGAUACUUCGAGUGCCAGUUCUGCUCACCAUUUUUAUGAAUCUUAUCUUCUUUUUUGGCAUUCUGAGGAUCCUGGCAAGCAAACUGAGGAUGCCUGAUAAACGGAGGAAUGAAUUCAGUCGCUAUAAGAAGUUGAUCAAAUCCACAUUUUUCCUGGUGGUUCUGUUCGGCCUGCAGUACGUCCUCUUUGUUUUCCUGCCUGUGGAAGUCAGCAGCUUGAUGUUUAAGAUCUGGACCUUUGUGGAACUGGCCCUGUCAUCCGUGCAGGGUUUCGUCGUGGCGCUCCUCUACGCGUUCAUGAACGGAGAGGUCCAGCAGGAGAUCCGCAGGCGGUGGAGGAGGUGGAGGCUCACCCGGCACCUGCCCAGGAGGCGGCGGCAACAUCCGGGCUCCAUCAGCCAGAGUGGAUCGCCUCACACUCAGAUGACCCUGCUGCCGGGCUCCACAGGUCACAUGACCGCCGGCGGACCCCCGGAGGACACGGCGGCGCACGCCGAUGCGUUCUAGGGUCUCGUGCUGCAGUGAUGUGUUUUUUUUUUACAAACAAAUAAGAACUUUUAGGGAUGGGAAUCGAACAUCAAAACCAUAUUCUGAUAUAUAUAUAUACAUACUAUAUUUCCAAAAGUAUUAGGUCACCAGCCUUUACUCACAUAUGAACUUGAAGCGCCAUCCCAUGGAAUUGUCCAAAAAGCGCAUUGGUGAGGUCACACACUGAUGUUGGUUGAGUUCAGGUCAGGACUCUGUGCAGGCCAGUCAAGUUCAUCCACGCCAGACUCUGUCAUCCAUGUCUUUAUGUACCUUGCUUUGUGCACUGAUGCACAGUCAUGUUGGAGGAAGAAAGGGGCCCGCUCCAAACUGUUCCCACAAGGUUGGGAGCGUGGAAUUGUCCAAAAUGUUUUGGUAUCCUGGAGCAUUCAAAAGUUCCAUUUAAUGGACCUAAAAUGCCAAGCCCAACUCCUGAAAAACAACCACACCAUAAUUCCUUCUCCACUAAAAAUGUACUGUUCUCCUGGCAACAUCCAAACCCGGACUGGUCCAUCAGAUUGCCAGAUAGAAAAGUGUGAUUCAUCAGUCCAGAGAAGGCGUCUCCGCUGCUCUAGAGUCCAGUAGAGACGUGCUUUGCACCACUGCAUCCCACGCUUUGCCUUGGACUUGAAAACUUAUGGCUUAGAGCCAGCUGCCCGGCCAUGGAAACCCAUUCCACGAAGCUCUCUGCGUACUGUACGUGGGCUAAUUGGAAGGUCACGUGAAAUUUGGAGCUCUGUAGCAACUGACUGUGCAGAAAGUCUUUGCACUAUCCGCUUCAGCAUCCACAGUUCACGCGGCCUACCACUUGGUUGCUGAGUUGCUGUUGUUCCCAAAUUCUUCCAUUUUCUUAUAAAAAAAAGCCGACAGUUGACUUUGGAAUAUUUAGGAGCGAGGAAAUUUCACGACUGGAUUUGUUGCACAGGGGGCAUCCUAUGACAGUUCAAUCCAUCUUCUACCGCUUGUCCCUGUUCCACGCUGGAAAUCACUGAAAGCGGCCCAUUCUUUCAAAAAAUGAUUGUAGAAACAGUCUCCAUGCCUAAGUGCUUGAUUUUAUACACCGGGACAAGUGUUUAGGACACCUGAUUCUUAUCAUUUGGAUGGGUGGCCAAAUACUUUUGGCAAUAUCCAUCCAUCCCAUCCAUUUUCUACCGCUUAUUGUCUUUGGGGUCGCGGGGGGCGCUGGUGCCUAUUUCAGCUCAAUCGGGCGGAAGGUGGGGUACACCCUUGAAAAAUCGCCACCUCAUCGCAACUUUUGCCAAUAUAGUGUAUAUAUAUAUAUAAUUUCAUGUCCGGCUCAAGCACUCAGCGGGGAAACAAGCAGACGGAGCGAAGUAAGCCGGACUGGUGAUGUUCCAAUAUUCUCUUCCAACAAAGCAAGGAGAAGGAGCUGAAAAAUACAGUAAGAAUCCCCCUAUUCAAAAUGUGUUAGCUCGAUGCUAAUUUACAUUGGAUUUCCUAACAAUUAACUUAAGCGAUUUUACAUGGCCAUUUAAACAAGUAAGAUGAACGCUGCCGUCAAACACCUGGUGUCUAACACUUACAGUAUGAACACUUUGCAGGGUGCAACCAAAAAAAAAAAUUCUGUGGUUUUCCCGUCUUUGAGGUUCAAUUUCCGUUAGUGCACUCCCUUCAUUGUUUUCCUUUGGUUGCUGGGAGCGCUGAUUGUUUUCACCGGCAUCUGAUUAGUGAUCAGGAUCGAGACGCACCUGCCCCUGAUCACUAAUCAGAUAGUUUUUUUUUGUUUUUUUUUACAUGCGAGAACCACCCUGCCUUCCUCUUCCUGCUUCGCUUCAGGUUAGCAACCGCUGCCAUGUUGAACUGUUGUAUCUGCUACCUGUUUAUGUUUGCUAACUGCAAGAAUUACCUUUUGAAAAAUUGCUUGCUCACAUGUGAGAAUUAAAAUUUCCU